AAGGUGGGUCAGUCAGAGUCAGUUGCAACAUGGCCACCGGCCAUUGAAGCAAAUGAACAGUCUUUACUUUAUUUAGCAGCGUAAAAUAUGAGUAAAGUCAAGAAGAAAAUAAAAUUCCAUCAACUUUGAUCCAGUCGGGCGUGACGACUGGAAAUGUCGCGAAUUCGUUCGCACAUUUGCUGCUCCAGUUGGUGCUCAUUAAUCUGAAUUCGUUUCUGCCGUGAUUAUGGAGGCACUUCUGCGGAGUCUCAAAUUCAAAUACAUUUUCACAUGUAUUUUGAUUACUUUUAUGAUUUCUUGUUUGAUUAGCAUCGCUCCAAUAAGUAUAGAGGAAUGUAAAUGUAACAAAAUAGAAGAGACUGAACAAAGUGAGCAGCAAGCACACAGAAGUGUAUCUAAACACCAUAAACAUCAUCUAGCCAUACUUGUGCCAUUUAGGGAUCGUUUUGAAGAAUUAUUGAUAUUUGCACCGCAUAUGAAGAAGUUUCUUGAUAAGCAAGAUAUAGAUUAUCAUAUAUUUAUUUUGAAUCAGAUUGAUAGGUAUAGAUUCAAUCGAGCAUCACUUAUUAAUGUUGGUUUCUUGGAAGUUAAAAAAGAUUUUGACUACAUAGCCAUGCAUGAUGUAGACCUACUGCCAAUGAAUGAUGAGCUGCGAUAUUUUUAUCCUGAAAAAGGGCCAUUGCACAUCUCAUCUCCAGAGUUGCAUCCCAGAUACCACUAUCCAACAUUUAUAGGUGGAAUUUUGCUGGUCAAACGAGAACACUUUUUGCAAGUUAAUGGUAUGUCUAAUAAGUACUGGGGUUGGGGCUUGGAGGAUGAUGAAUUUUAUGUAAGACUGAAAGAAGCUGGACUUAAUGUUACACGGCCACCAAAUCUCUUGACUGGGACACAAAGUACUUUUAAGCAUAUCCAUGAUAGAAAUCAUCGCAAAAGAGAUAUGGUAAAAUGUUUUAAUCAGAGGGAAGUAACCAGAAAACGUGAUCGACAAACUGGUCUAAACAACGUGUCUUAUAAACUAGAAAAUGCCAUUAAUGCAACAAUAGCAAAUACAUCUAUAACAAUUCUAAAUAUUUCGCUGAUGUGUGAUGAAUCCAUCACUCCGUGGUGUAUAUGUGACUCAGUCAGUAUUGCCAAGGAUAAAAAACUUAAAGAUAAGAAAAAAAUUCAAUAAUCAUAUUGACUUUAGACCUACUCUUCUUAUUGAAUCGAAUAGCCUUAAUCAAGUUCUUAUAAGCUUAUUAAGGUUUUGAAAUUUAAUGUUUCAUAAAGAAAAGUUGUAAAUUAAUAGACACAAUUUUAAAUACUAUCGAACUAAAAUUAUGUAGAUAGUAGACAAAGAUUUUGUACAGUGUAUAUGUUUAAUUCUGAUGCACAAAUCUGAACAAAUUACAAAGUUGUUUUAUUUAAAUUGUUGUUGUUUUUUUCACUUUUACCAUCUAAAUAAAUUAAGCAAUGUAAUUAAGAACAAAUAUGAAUUUUUCGAUUUUUUCCAAAAACAAUUGAUCUGUGAGAUUUGCCAACCUUAAAAAAGGAGUUCUUUGCUGAUUUUAGUUUGGGUAUAUAUAUGGAGGUAUAUGUAUACAUAAUCACUUACGUUCAAAAUGCCGAUACCACCGGAUGUAGUGAAGUGUUACAAACACAUAGACACUUGUAGUAAAAAGUACGUUAACGAGCUAAAACAGAUCGUUAAAAUUCCCAACGUAAGUUCAGAUCCAGAUGCAAAAAAUCAUUUAUCAACUCUCAUAAAAUGGAUGUCCUCUCGAAUGAAACAACUGGGUUUCAACAUUUUGUUAAAGCAACCGUAUCACGAAACAUACAAGGGACACAUACCACUUGUGGUUGUAGGUUCUUUAGGAAAUGAUACAAAGAAAAAAACACUUUUGUACUACUGCCAUCUCGACGUUUUGAAAGUUCAAAAAGGUCAGUGGAUAACUGAUCCUUUCGAAUUGACCGAAAAGGAUGGAAAGCUUUACGGACGCGGAACAGCGAAAAUGAAAGGACCCUUAUUGUGUUUCAUUCAUGCCAUCGAAUGUCACCGCGAGCUAGGAAUCGAAUUGCCCGUAAACAUAAAAAUAAUCUGUGAAUCAAUGUACGAAUGUAAGAGCAAAGGUCUGAGAAGUAUCCUGGAAGAUUUGAAAGCAACAUUCCUCCCGAACAUCGACUGCGUUCUGCUAACCGAAAGUCACUGGUUGGGUAAGGACUACCCUUGCAUCGUUUAUGGUAUGCGUGGUGUUUGCUACUUCAACUUGACGGUCGAAGGACCGCGUAUGGAUCUAUCUAGUGGCGAUUUUGGAGGAGUGAUCAGAGAACCUAUGCAGGAUCUGCUCUUAAUUCUGAACAACUUGAUAGACCCCUUUGGUAGAAUAAACAUACCACAUUUUUACGACGACGUUGUCAAAGUCACACCUGACGAGGAGGAAUUUUACAAAAAAAUAAAAAUCGACAUCGAGGAGUAUCGGAACAAUGUGAGCGUAAACCGACUUGGCCAUGACGAGAAGCUGAAGACGGUUCUUAUGCACGUCUGGAGAUAUCCAUGGUUCAAUAUGCACUACAUAAACACCUCCUGCGAGGGUUCCAAUCUUUUGGAUAUACCUAAAAAAGUCGUUGCUCGAUUUUCUAUACGUACUGUGCCAAAUCAAAAGCACGAAAAAGUGUCCACGCAGAUGAUCAAUUACGUCAAAGAGCUAAUUAAACGAUCGAAAACUCCUAAUAGAAUCGAUAUCAACGCCGAGCAUUCCUUGGAUCCGUGGUACGAAAAUCAUUUACACUGGAAUUACGAGGCUGCUAACAAAGCAACUAAACAGGUCUACAAAGAAGAAGCAAGUUUUAUUCGCGAGGGCAACGGUUUUCCAACCCUCCUAAAAAUCCGCGAUGCUCUUCCUAAACGCAACAUUCUCAUUUUGCCAAUCGUCGAUUGCGAAGCUAAAGCCCACAGCGAAGAGGAGAACAUAUCCUUGCGCUGCUACAUCGAAGGCACCAAGCUUCUUGUAAGUUAUUUUCACGAGUUGGCCUCAACCGCACGUCAGCAUAGUUCUAGCAAAGGUUCAUCGCUUGGCCGUCGGGACGUAUGCCGAGAUAGGCCGUGAUGUUAUAAUUAAAAUAAUCAAGUCGACGUUAUUUUUUAAUAAACUUUUUGUAUAUUUACACUUAAAUUUAUAUGUACAAACGUUCGCUCGAAGCUUAUGAAAUAAAAGUGGAUGAACUUUUCUGGUAUAACAUAAAGUGCGAUCUUUCGCUGACCGAAAGGGCUGCGUAAAUUAUUUAGAGGGUGUAAAAAAAUAUCUCGGCUCAACGUUUUAGAACUGUUGACAUGCAGAUUCUUCAAGCGCAAUCUUAUAAAAAUGUUACCUGUGGAUUGUACAAUAAAUACAACUAAGCGCAUGAAUUUGUACAAACAUGAGUGAUUUUUAAAUUAAUUUUAAAUACUUAAGAUAAAUUCAAAAGUUACGAUAUUUAGACGUCGAUAUUAAUCUAUAUGUACAAACGAAUGAAAUAGAACGAUGUAUACACUAUAAAAAUCUUCAAAAAAUUCUAAAA